UACCUCGAGGGGUUAGCCUGAUCGUCGAAACGUGUCCGACCGGUGUUGACGUGCUCUUGUGUCGUGGUAAUUUGUGGCCUUUAUUGAACUGAACUUAGUAAAAUGCCGCCCCAAGAGAAGAUACCGAACAUCGGGGAAGAUGCCGAUGCGGUCGACAAGGGUUUGGAACUGGUUCAGAAGGGAUACGCGAACCCGGCAUUCGUCGCCGAAGACGUCAAGAAUGAUGUUGACACGAAGGCCGUAGCGAAAAAUGAGGAUGACGCUUUCGAGUUUGAUGAUUUGUUGCCGCACAUUGGGGAAUUCGGGAUCUAUCAGAAGAUUUUGUUCCUGCUGAUGAUUCCGUUUGCCUUUUUCGUGGCCUGGGUUUAUUUCUCGCAGAUUUUUAUUACCCUGAUUCCCGAGCAACAUUGGUGCUCUGUUCCGGAGUUGGCGAACUUAACCAUCGAAGAAAGGAUUGCACUUGCAAUUCCUUCAGGAGCAGAUGGUCUAGACAGGUGUCAUAUGUACGAUGUCAAUUACACGCAAGUUUUACUGGAUGGCGUCAAGAAGGCUGAUCAAAAAUGGCCCAUCAUUCCGUGCAGAAGCGGUUGGGAGUAUAAUAUGACCGAAGUGCCAUAUUCAUCUAUUGCUACCGAACAAAACUGGGUCUGUGACAAUUCGGCAUUGCCCCACACAGCUCAGUCGAUUUUCUUUUGCGGUGCCAUAUUGGGCGGCUUGGUAUUCGGAUGGAUUGCUGAUAGAAUGGGAAGAAUUCCAGCUCUCGUCGGAACCAAUCUGGCCGGGUUAAUCGGAGGCAUUGCCACCGCCUUCUGCACGUCAUUCUGGUCUUUUUGUGUAUGCAGAUUUUUAGUUGGCAUGGCUUUCGAUAACUGCUUCACCAUGAUGUAUAUCUUAGUUUUGGAGUAUGUCGGUCCGAAAUGGAGGACAUUUGUGGCCAACAUGUCCAUUGCCAUCUUUUUCACUUUCGCCGCCUCUAUUCUGCCUUGGAUAGCUUACUACGUGGCUGACUGGAAGGUUCUGUGUUAUGUUACGUCGGCUCCUCUUGCUCUAGCCAUUUUGACACCUUGGGUUGUACCAGAAUCAGCCAGAUGGCUGGUAUCUAAAGGUAAAUUUGAUAAAGCUAUUGGCAUUCUUCGGAAAUUUGAGAAAAUUAACAGGACCAACGUUGGAGAAGACAUUUAUAAACAAUUUAGAACUAGUUGCGUAAAAGCCCAAAAAGAAGAUGAAAUGGAUAAGAAUUACACGGUACUGGAUCUGUUUAAGACUCCACGUCUCAGAAAGAUCACCAUAAUCCUUAUUUUAUUAUGGAUGGCCAUUUCUUUAGUUUUCGAUGGCCAUGUAAGAAAUGUUGGAACACUUGGGCUGGAUAUCUUCUUAACCUUCACUAUCGCCAGUGCAACUGAAUUUCCUGCCGAUACAUUUUUGACGAUGGUUUUGGAUGUAUGGGGUAGAAGAUGGCUGGCUUGUGGUUCUAUGGUUAUUAGUGGAAUUUUCAGUUUACUAGCUACUGCAGUUCCUCUUGGCAUUCCAUCUGCUACCCUAGCUAUAUUGGGUAGAUUUGCCGUCAAUAUAUCUUACAAUAUUGGACUUCAGUAUGCCGCUGAGUUAUUGCCAACUGUCGUACGGGCCCAAGGAGUUGCGCUGAUUCACAUAAUGGGAUAUGUUGCCAGUAUACUGGCUCCAUUUGUAGUAUACUUGGCAAAUGUCUCGGUUUCUUUGCCACUGUUCAUCUUGGGAAUUUUGGGAAUAAUUGGAGGAAUAUUGGCCUUAUUUUUACCAGAAACUUUAGAUCAGGAAUUACCACAGACAUUACAGGAUGGUGAAAACUUUGGUUUAGGACAAAAGAUUUGGGACUUCCCCUGCAUAAAAAAAGUAGAUGACGAAGAAAAACAAACAGAACCAAAAUCUACAUUUACAAGAACUCCUUCAACCAGAGGCUCAAUUCGGGCAUCAUUCAGAGGGGAGAUUAGAUCCAGCAUGAUCAACAGGGGAUCAAUUAGGUCGAGAAAAUCAGUUGCCGUGCCUGAGAAUGAGGCUGUCUAAAAGACACAACUGUUUUUGGAGAAUUAUAAAGUAGAAAUUAAUGAGAAGUUGCUUGGUAAUUUUCCGUUACUCUGUAUUAUAUAUUGUGCUGUGUUUUUUAUUUUGCUGUGAUCGAAUGAAAUGUUUGCCUGAAAAAGCAAAUUGAAGCAUUGGAUUGGAUGGUUCACCAUCUGUUUGACUGUGGUAUUUAUACUAAUUUUAAGUUAAUUUUGUAAAUAGAUUUAAAAUAAGCGUUAUUUUUUGUUUACUAAUAGGCCAACGAAAAAGGUAUAUUUCCCGAAAUUUAUUAUUUAUUAUUAAUUUUAUUUUCAUAAAAUAAGAUAAUAUACGUUAUCAUGUA